AUGGCGUUUUCCAAGUCGUUACGAAAAGGACAGAUCCCGGUUGGUUGUCAGCUGUGCGAGGGUGGGAAUAAGAUAGAAUGGAAAUGUACAGAUUGUAACCUGUUAAUGUGCGAUCGAUGUAAACAUAGAGUUCACUUAAGAAUUGCAAAAGACCAUAGAAUCGUGAAUAUCCAGGAGAUCAGAGAGCACGAAGACUCCUGGGACAGAUUUGUCUUCAGUGGAGUGAGAUGUCCUGACCAUACCGACCAAUUUUGCAGUCUUUACUGUGGAACCUGCAAUAAGAUUAUCUGUCUGAAAUGUAUUGUCAAGGUCCACAAUGGACACCACUUUAUAGAUGAAGAAGAGUUUCGCGAAAAAAAAGAGAAAUUAAAAGAGGGACAGAAAAAGAUGAAGAGGAAUUUAACUAAAGUAGGCUCUGAAAAAAAAAAGGUUAUAGCUCUUGAAGAAACUGACAAUGCCAAAUUGAGAAACGUUAAGCAGAACAUUCUAGAUCAGAGAAAACAACUACACAAUGCAGUUGACCAAUAUGCGGACAAUCUUGUUCAAGAUUUAGAUAAGCACUUCAGUACCUUGAAACACAAAGAAACACAAAUAAAAAAAAAGAUUCAACGCAUGCAUUUGAACAACGAUGCUUUAGAAAAUAUCAUCACAUCCAGGAAUUUCGUGCAAUUUUUCAGAGAUUUUGAUCAAUUGAAUAUUAAACUACAUGAAGAUAUGUCACAAGACUCCAUGAACAUAUCUCCUUUGCCAAACUUUUUUCCUGGUGAAUUUACAGUGCUUAAUUUUGGAUCACUAGAAGAUAAUACAAGAUUAACGGAACACCAUUCCAACGUUGAAUUCAAGGUUGCUAACCAAUGGAAGACAGAGAUUAUGAAUAUUCAUUACCUUGUUAGAUGUCCUGAUGGCUCUGUAUGCAUAGCUGACAAUGAAAAUCAUUUAUUUCAACAUAUUAAACUGGAAAAAGACCGGGUUGAUGUAAUAUCAAGUUUCAACAUAGGGGUUCUUGGUUUAGAUAUUAUUUCAAGCAACGUUCUUGUUUCAAACUUUGAAAGUACAUUGCAAUGCAUUGAUUGA